GGGCAGGGCAUCGGUGCUCAGGCGACAGCCGGUAGUUGACUGAGACGACAAUCGAGUGGAUCUCACGCGCCAUUCGACGGCAGAAGUCAUCGUAAGGUUUGGAAUUGGCAGCCAUGAAUGUAAAACCGCCACCGUGGAAGAAAAUAAUGAUAGGCAUGCUGUUACCGUCGCGGUCUUGAGUGGGUGUGUAGAGGCGGAACCAGAGGUUGCGGGAGGCAUCGACUGUGACAUCGGAGGACUUGACGCCGUUAAUGGGUUUCUUGGAGGGAGGCGAUUUGAAGUCCAAGAGGUUGAAGAUACUACGGUUGAUGGUGAAGUCGGGGCGGCGAGAGAGGUCGGUGAAGAAAGUCACGACGUAGCUGAACAACCGGAUCUUCAGCGGAAGCUCCGGCGAAACUUUUGAUUUUCUGGACAUCUUUAUCAAAUCGAUCAAAAUGGAAAAAGAAAGAUGUUUCCGAUCUGAGUCAAUGCAAGUAUAAUGGAGUCGGAACUAAAUAGGAAAUGUGUAU